UUGUACUUGUGUGUGUUUUUAGUGUAAUUCACUGUUUAUUGCUAAUCAGACACCUGACUGGGGAUCCGUGAAUAUGCAUGUAGCCUGAUCACCUUCUCUUUGAGCAGUAUGGAGACUUGCUGUGUGCUUAGUCACUUUGUCUAAUGCAGGGCUGGAGAGCAAACUUUAGAAAUUCUUAAUGUUCGGCUUGAAGACCAUACCGUCUGAAAAUGGAGAUGCCAUAUCGUGGUAUCAAAAGAAGAUUGGAGCGUAUGACCAGCAGAUGUGGGAGAAAUCAGUGGAACAGACGGAGAUUAAGGGCAUCAAGAACAAGCCAAAGAAGAUGGUGCAUAUCAAAUCUGACCUCAUAGAUGUUGACCUGAUCAGAGGGUCAACUUUUGCCAAAGCCAAGCCUGAAAGCCCAUGGACAUCUCUUACUCGGAAAGGCUUAGUAAGAGUUGUUUUCUUCCCAUUGUUUAGCAAGUGGUGGAUGCAGGUGACCAGUCCCUGGGUCUUUAUCUGGUUACUGGUACUUUACAUUUUACAAGUGACAGCUAUCGUACUGUAUUCCAUGGUGCCUGCUGCAAGUGUUAGUGAGCUAACCGGACCGAUGUGCCUUAUGCUGCUGCUAGGAACUGUUCACUGUCAGAUUGUAUCAACACAAAGCAAUAAAAUAUCAGGGACAAGUAGCAAGAGACAAAGGGGGAAACAGAAGAACUUUCUAAAUAAGAUGGAUGAUACAGAUAAUAGAGAAGAUUAUGUCUGCAAGAACACAGCACUUUGCAAAGCCACCAUGUCUGAUCGGGAAAAGAAACAGCAGUGUUGGUCAAGACAAAACGGGAAUAGGAUGUCAUAUGAUUUGACAAGCGAGGAAGAUGUGGAAUCGGUGAAUCUAUCCCUUGGUAGAAGCGUAGAUGGUGCAUCGAGUGAUAAUGGCUGCACUCUGAAAAGGAGGAAUCCAACAUCACAGCUUACUAAAACUCCUCAGAAGAAACACAGAGCGGUAGAGAAAAGUCAGCCUGCUCACGAUUCAGAUAGCUUUGUGGAUUCAGAAGAAGAAUCUGUUUUCAGCCAGGGUUCCAAGUCUGGAGUGAGUGUCAGUUCUCAUAGUUACAGCAUCUCUCACCGUGAUUCAGAGAGCACCCGGCUGGGUUCAGAGACUGAAGAUAUGCUUCUAGAUGACCUACUGCAUGGUCCUCAGUGCAGAUCAUCCUGCGAAAGUGAAAGUGAUGACACCUUCAAUCAGCGUCAUGCUGGAGGAAGACGCAAGGUCCCUACCAAAGAUGUCUUUCAGCUGAAUCAUCUUUUUUGGCUUCAAGGCACAAGCCCUACAUCAGAGCGAGUAAGUGCCAUAAUAUGGGAGAAGAACGAGUGUAAAAAGGACGAUAUGUCAGUUCUGGAUAUCAGUGGAAUAAUCAUGAGAAAGGUGAGCGCUUCUGACCACGGUGUGGGAUAUCAAAUGCUGGGAAACGCAGUCACUAUCGGCCUGGCUGUCUUCCCAUUUUUGUUCCACCUUUUCCGUCAACGAGAUUUGGAGCAGAUCUUGUCGUUAACUGGAGAAGAGCUUCUAACCAUCUUCUGUGGCGGCACCCCAACAUCUCUCUUGCUGGCUCUUACUGCUAUUAAUCUAGUGCUGCGUGUCUGCCUUACAUGGAUGUUCUUCUUUUUGAUGUGUGUGGCAGAAAGGACAUACAAACAGAGAUUCUUGAUUGCAAAGCUUUUUAGUCACCUAACUUCUGCCAGGAAAGCUCUGAAGUCUGAAAUUCCUCACUUCAGGCUGAAGAAAGUGCAAAACAUCAAAAUGUGGUUAUCACUGCGCUCCUACCUGAUGAAAAGAGGACCCCAGCGAUCCGUCGAUGUCAUUGUGUCAUCUGUCUAUUUAUUAACCCUUUCCAUUGCCUUCUUCUGCUGUGCUCAGGUCCUUCAUGGACAUACCAUUUUCCUGAACUAUGUUUAUAACUGGGAGUUCUUAAUAUGGGAGACGUCUCUGGUGAUAUUUCUUCUGCGCUUAACUUCUCUGGGCUCUGACACCAACAAGAAAUACAGUAAUGUAUCGAUUUUACUAACAGAAGAGAUUAACCUUUACCUUAAAAUGGAAAAGAAACCAAACAAGAAAGAACAACUGAGUAUAGUGAACAACGUCUUGAAGCUGUCCUCAAAACUCAUUAAAGAAAUAGACACACCAUUUCGUCUGUAUGGACUGACAAUGAACCCAUUAAUUUACAACAUAACACGCGUGGUCAUCCUUUCUGCAGUGUCAGGAGUUGUGAGUGAUCUCCUAGGAUUCAAUAUCAGAUUGUGGAAAAUUAAGCCGUGACCUCAUCAAUAAAAAUCAGCAGGCGCUGUAUGUUGAACGCUUGUGAUGUAGACCACACUAUGCAAUACCUAAUACAUAUAGGUGAACUGAGGUUUAAAUGGAUGUCAAUCUUAUGCUCUCAAUACAUUUCCUGGUUAAAAUGUGACAAUUGACUUUUUUAGAGAAUUUCCACCCAUUUGUAUUUAUUUAAAGUUGUGAAGGAAUCUAUUUUAUCAAAGGUUUUGCCAAAUAGCUUAAAUGUAUAUAUUUGAAGUUUAUGUUUUAAAGACUGUUUUAGAGAUAUUUUGGAUUUUAUGAAGGAUCAUAAACCGUUUCUAGGUUUUGUUUACUAAAAAGAGAGUUGCUAGGACAGCUUGCAGCAGAGGUCUGUUCUCAUGUCCCUUAUUUAAUUCAUCAAGAAGGGCCAAGGCUGGAAUGUUUCUCAAGCAAGAAGCCCUUAUAGUGCAUAAUUCAGUCUGUGAAAAACCAUUAACUUGAAUGGAGCUUAUUUAGGGCAGGCGAUACAUAUUAAAUACAAGACAGACUGACAGUGCAGGGUACAUUGACAUUCUAACCAUGGGUAUACAGGCAUAGCAUUUGUGUAAAGUCUGCAACAGUACUCAUGAGGCACACAUACAAUACAGAUACAUCCAUAGAAGGUGUGCCAAUGCAUCAUUGGCAACCACAAGAUAUAAGAGAUCCCCCGAAGGCAUCUCUAUCCACAUUGCACCGUUCUACAUUUUCUAUAUAGAAAAAUACAAAGUUUAAUAGUUUUAGUAGUUUUUUUUAAGUGCCCCAAUAUCUAAUUGCCCUAUCACUACAAGUAAAAAUGAUAAACCCCUCUCCUUCGCUAACCUUAAGUCAGUAGUAUUAAAUAUAGUACACUAUAAGGUAAAUUGAGUUAUCGUUCAGUAGUGCCACCUACAGUGGAGAAGAAAACCUAAGCAAUGUUGUAUAUUUUUUUUAUUUUAGGAUUUUUUUCUUAUUAAAUUAUCACUAAUUAUGUUUUGUGUGUUUCUGUGGUUUUGAAAGAAAAACUUGCUCUG